AUGCUACUGCAGAAUGUUCCGACACAAGCUACGCCUAUACAGGCUAUGUCAAUACAGGAAUUACAGUUACGACAUGCGAUACAAAAAGUGGAUCUACAAUAUGGUGCAGCACAUGAUAUGCCCGUGCAUAACAUGGUACUAAGCACAGUUUCACCACAGGUAGUGUCACAGCAUGACAUGCUGGAAUUGGAAGAUUUGAUGCAAAUUGAUAUAUAA